GUCAUACUGAUAAUAUACUGAUACAUCCAUGUACCUGGGUACAGUAUUAUGUUUAUAUUUAUGUUAUGAAGUAACUAUCUCAACGUCUACUAGCAUGUUUUCUGUACCGCUACAACCAGAGGCUUGUUCUAUUCUUAUAGCAAUUCAAUGAUUGGUUGUUCUCAUAAGACGUCAUGGAUGGGCGUAUGUGUUACCAACAUCAACAAAAAGAAAAACCAAGGAAAAAAAAGAGGACUGAGUUACUGCGGGGAAACCAGAAGGAGUACAACAGAUAUGUGGAUUUAAUUUGCUUGUAACAGCCCAGAAGGCCUUCACUAAAGGGAAAUCUGACACCCGAGUCCAGCUGUGGGGAAGUGGGCCGGCCUUGGAGCUGGGGGUGUCACUCCCCUCUUAAAGCAGUAAGAAAACUUCAGUGCCAGAUGAGACAUGGAUGCCUUCAAACUGAUGAAGGAGCUGUGUGCAAACUAUGAGCUGGAGGUCUAUUAUCUCCCCAAGGAGACAGGCCUGAGUCUCAUUGAGUCCACAAAUCAGAACGAUGGGCGGAUAUCAGCAAAGUGCAGAGAUGCUAAAGUGGAGGACUUGUGGAGUCUGACCAGCUUCUUUGGCUACACCACGCAGACCUUCGUCCUGGCUGUUAACCUGCUUGACAGAUUCUUGGCCAUGAUGAGGAUCCAACCAAAGCACUUGCCCUGUGUCAGCUUGAGCUGCCUCCACAUGGCUGCCAAAGUGACUGAGGAGGAGUGUGACCUCGCGUCCACAGACGAGCUUAUUCGCAUCGGACAGUGCCGCUUCAGUGUGUCUGACCUCAGCCGCAUGGAGAAGAUCAUUGCAGAUAAACUCGACUUCAAGUCCAAAUCUGUCACAGCCUUGACCUUUCUGCACUUGUACCAUCAGAUUGCACUGUCUCACUCCACAGAGAGGAAGGAUACGUUGAGCCUGGUGAAACUGGAAGCUCAGCUCAAAGCUUGCCUGUGCCGAAUUGCCUUCUCCAAAGCUAAGCCGUCCGUGCUGGCCUUGUCCAUCCUGAGACAGGAGAUCGAAGCCAUUCAGUCGGCGGACAAGUUGGAAAUAGCCCAACACAUCCAGAGGCACCUGAAGAUUGCCGACAGUGAACUCCGGCUGUGGUGCGGUCAAGUUGCUAAGUGCUUGUUGGACUAUGCCUCGCCAGAGUGCAGUAAGCCCAAUCAUAAGAAACUCCAGUGGAUCGUGUCUCGCCGGACUGCCCAGAACCUUCAUAGCAGUUACCGCAGUGUACCAGAGUUGCCCACCAUCCCCGAAUGCUGCUGGGAUGAGAGCGAAAGUGAGGACUCCUGCGAAGACAUGAUGAGUUCAGGCGAAGAGUCCCUCAGCAGCUCACUGGGCAGCGAUAGCGAAGGGACGUUCUUUCCAGCGCACCUUUGUCUCCACAAACUCCGCCAAUACCUCAACGCCUGAUGCCUCUGCCGUAUGUCUCUCUGCCUCACCCCACCCCAAAAAUGUCAUUUCAUUUGUCUAAUUUGCGCUGGUGCUAGAAGUAAAGAAUUGCAGAACACCUGGCAGCUGAGCAGACGGGAGUUUCUAUAUUUGUAGUUAGGUGUGUUGGUGGUACAUUCCAAGAUAACUAAUUGGUAGAAGAGACUAAUUGGUUGGGUUGCAAGGACUGUCCCAGAUCAGAGGAAAAAAAAAGGACUUACAUUUACAAAAAUGUUGCAUGUGUUGUUAAUAAAAUGAGUAGGCGUACUGAUCCACUGAAUUUGAGGGCAGCCGCUAUUAUAAAAUUAUAAGUGCCUGGACUUCAUUUGGUUGCUAUUUAAUACUUUCAAUUUCUAUUGUAAAAAUGUAACAACAUUAACACAUCAAUAGCAAUAAUGAAAUGUGACCAUUUAGUUGGAGCACAAUGUCCAGGUUUGACUAUUUUGACUGCAACUGCCCUCACCUGAGUUUAUUUGCACAGUUUUUGUGUAAUUUGUGUUGUAAGCAGUUUGUCUCUGAAAAACAGACGUGUGACAAUUUUGUUCUUUUUUUUAAUUAUUCAACAUUUUUGUUGCGUCUCUCCUGAAGCCAUUUGCUCAAAGUUGAGCAAGCAGCACUUACUUUCCCUGGAGGGUCAAAAACACUGUUGUUAAGUUUUUUUAGUGACCCUGUAAUUUGUGUUAAUGUGCGUGUGUUUGUACAUGCUUGUUUGACCCUGAGUUUAAAGUUGCCAAUUUUGGGAUGUAGCUUAAAAAUGUUUUGACAGUGUUCAAGAACAACAUGUAGAACAGAUGAAUGCUAAGUUAAGAAAAAAAAAUACAAAAACAGAAAAAUGUAAAAUUGUAAAUGAUGUACAAAAAAAAGUUUAUAGUUCCUUGUAGAUAUUAUGUUAAUUUAUUUGGUCACAUGUACUGAAAAAAAAACAUCUUAUAAAAAACUUAUUAAACUCUC